ACAGCUGUCAGAUUGGUAGCGCAGGUCAGACCUGUGCCUGUGUUUGCUCAAGUUGCUGAUUCUACGAAAAAUAUUUUGUCGAUUGUACAAAGUGGCGUGUUUUAAGUAAAAACAAAUCCCCAAUUAUUUCAUCCAUCUGUGCUCAUCUUCAAUUAAACACAUCACGCAUCGUCAUAAGAACGGUUGCAUUGUUGUGUGCAAACAGUGCAUUGUUAUAAUAUUGCCGUGGUAACGCGUAACGCUGUCUCGGAGUUAACAAAAGUGGUCGAAAAAGUACAAAAUCGGUGUGUUUCAUCUGCAUAGUUUAGUGUAGCUACUGGUCGAAAUGACUUCCCGCGAAGUGAUCAGCAUCGCGUCCGAUGACAGUGACACCGAGGAGGAGCAAAGCCCGCAGAACAAAUUGGCGGACUACAAGCAGAACAGCAGCAGCAGCUCGCGCAAACAUAAGAAACAUAAGCGGCAUAAAAAGUCGUCCAAAUCCGAGAAAGGGGAUAAGCAACACAAGCCAAAAAAGCAUAAAAAACACAAACGGAAACACCGCGGCGAGGAUGAGGAAGAAAGCAGCUCGGAAGGAGAGCCUGCCAAAAACGGUGCCUCUGCUGCUGACUCAUCCCGGAAGGUUGAACAUGGCUCGCGAGUAAAACAAUCUGCCGAUGGUGAUAGCGUUGCUGAUGAUCGUGCUAGAGGAUACCUUGACCUUGGCGCGCGUUCGAAAAACAACGGCAGCACAAAGGCGGUGCCGGCGGUCGAGAAGCGCAAGGGGCACAUUUCGACCGACCCUGAUAAGCUGGUGCAAAUGUUGACACAGAAUCUUGAAAAGCGCAAAGAGGAUGUGGUUUCGGUGGAGAGCGAAAGCGAUGGGACCGCGGUGGAAGAUGCGCCCAGCCCUGAUGUUGCCGUUAUUGAGGACGAUGAGCUCAAUUUGGAGGACCUGAUGCGACAGAAAGCUUUGCUGCAGGCGUGUCUCGGUGAGUACGCUACGGACGAAGAAGAUGAAGGGCUAGGAAAACAGUCCAGGACGGAUCCGAACAGGGAACGACCGUUGAAGAAGAAGCGAGUCGAAGGCAACGAUGCGGUCAUUACGAUCGAUGGCGAUUCUACGCCGGACCCGAGCGACCAGAUGCGCAAGCGAUCGUCCAAUGUUGUAAACCGAGCUUCGAAAGGUGGCAAGGAGGACCCUCCGGCUGGACACAGAGCAAACAAUGCGGAAGUUGACAGCAAAAGGGCUAAGGACCAUCCGCAACAGCAACCAACGGAGCAGCAACGUGCAAGGCAACUGGAGCGGGAACGGGACAUCAGAGCCAAGGAAGAGCGCCGUAACAGAGAGGAAGAUAACUACAAGCGACGAAUGGCGGAAGAGCGGUACGAACGGGAAAAGGCCCGGGAAAGGGACAGAGAGCGGGAUAGGGAGCGGGCACGAGUGCGUCAGCGGGAACGAGAUCGUUCGCUGGAAAGACGGCGAGAUCGGCGCGGAUUUUCACCCCGCGAAAGGAGUCGAGAAAGACGAUCCAUGGAUCGUGGUCGCGGUGGGCCUGGAGGAUUUGGUAUGCGCGACCGUUUCCGUGGCCGUAGCAGGAGUAGAGAUCGCGAUAUGCGAGGCUUUGGAGGGCGAUUCGAUCGGGACAGGGAUCGCGGACGGGACAGGGACCGUGAUCGAGAUUACGGUCGUGGUAUGCAACGGAAUGGGCGCGAUGGUGGUCGUGGCGGUGGCAAGGGACGUAAGGCGGAUGAUGAUCGCUUCAAAGACUCGCUCAGUGAGGGUCUUAAACAACAGAAGGAAUCCAGCAGUGACAGCGAGAUUGCCGACAUCGAUAUCGAUGACGAAGAGGACGAGGAAAAGAUCAUCGAGAAACGACGCAAGGAGCGUGAGGCCCUGCUCAAGAAAUUGGGCGUUGUAAAUGAGGACAGCAACACGAUGAUGGAAGUGGAACCUCCCGAGCUUAGACAGGUCAGUAUGGGCAGCACGGCGCCAUCGUCGCGUAACGAGAGCCGUGAAGCGACCAGCCAACGGCAGGAAGAGCGCGACCGCGAGGGAACAGACCAAUCGCUCACCCCACCGAUACCGAACGAGCGGAAGGAUCUGAUGGGCAAGGUAGAACGUAAGCCGAAAGAAUCACCCGAACCACCGAAAGAUCUGGACAGGCAGAGUAAGGAACCGAAAAAUACUGCGAAAGAAAAUUCUAAACGCCCCGAAUGGGACAUGUUUGCCGAACAGGACAUCGACUCGAAUUUCGACUCACCUGGCACAGUUGUGGCCAACAAGCAGGCGCACGAGAAUCCGGCACUGACGGACAACUGGGACGAUGCGGAAGGUUACUAUCGUGUGCGAAUCGGUGAAAUCCUGGACAACCGGUACGUUGUGGCUAACUACACUGGACAGGGCGUGUUCAGUACGGUGGUGAAAGCGCGAGACCAGGCCCGUGGGAAUGCGUUCGUUGCCGUCAAAAUCAUCCGUAACAACGAGAUCAUGCAUAAAACUGGCUUGAGAGAACUGGAGAUUCUGAAGAAACUGAACGACGCCGAUCCCAGCGAUCGGUAUCACUGUCUACGUCUGUACAGACACUUUUUCCACAAGCAGCAUCUGUGCAUGGUGCUCGAGCCACUGUCGAUGAAUCUGCGUGAAGUUUUGAAAAAGUAUGGCAAAAACGUUGGCCUGCACAUCAAAGCCGUACGAAGCUACACGCAACAGCUGCUGCUGGCGCUCAAGCUGUUGAAAAAGACGGGCAUUCUGCAUGCGGACAUUAAGCCGGACAACAUUCUGGUGAACGAAAACAACCUGGUGCUGAAGCUGUGCGAUUUUGGGUCCGCUUCGUCGAUAACGGACAACGACAUUACGCCGUACCUGGUGUCGCGCUUCUACCGUGCCCCGGAAAUCAUUCUCGGUCUGUCGUAUGACUAUGGCAUCGACAUGUGGUCCGCCGGCUGCUCCAUUUACGAGCUGUACACGGGCAAAAUCUUGUUUAGCGGACAGUCCAAUAAUCAAAUGCUUAAAUUUUUCAUGGACCUGAAGGGCAAGAUACCGAACAAGUUGAUUCGGAAGGGACAGUUCAAGGAUCAACAUUUCGACCAGAACUGCAACUUUCUGUCGCAUGAAAUAGAUAAAAUCACCGAACGGGAAAAGGUCGUGGUAGUAUCAAUGAUUAAGCCCACGCGGGAUCUGCAACAGGAAUUGAUCGCCGGACAGAAUCUCCCCGACGACCAGAUACGGAAAGUAUCCCAGCUGAAGGAUCUGUUGGACAAAGUGUUUGCGCUCGAUCCUGCCAAACGAAUUUCGCUGAACCACGCGCUGGCUCACCCGUUCAUCCAAGAUAAGAUCUAGAGCACGACCCAACUUGCCACGAACUCAACUGUACGCAACGGAAGUAUUUACCUUCCAAUUCAUGGAUCAACGUCUAAUCAAUCAAUUCAGCUAUGCACAUAUUAACGAUCCUUUUCUUACUUACGCCUCACUGAACUGAACACUUUGACAUCCGCACUCACCCGGUGUUGUUCAUCGCGAUCAUCGAAGGAAGUCCAACCCGAUGAUGCACUGCCCAUCAGUUCAUUCGUAGGAAUUGAAGUGCGCGAUUUGUCAUACCGAAGCCCAUGAGGAGAACUUGUAGACACAUUUUCUCUUGUUUUUUUCGUGAAGCAAAAAUAAGAGAGGUAAACAAUUAAAAGCCACUCAUGUAGUAACUUUAAUCCACCUUAUAUAUAUAAAUGAAAAAAAAAAUCUAAUCAAACGGAAGAAAAGAGCGAUCGACGAAUCAGAUCGUUAAAUUUACGAUCGGUUAAAACAGGAUGCAACCUAUUGUUCCUUGCUCUUUUCCCAUUGUAAAAUGAUUUUACCCGUCUUCUAAUGACUAUCAAAAAAAAAGCCUAACAGAGAACAAAGUAUUAGAUGAUCAUGAUGCAUCAUUUUUUGUUUGUUUUUGGCAUUAUCACAUUUUAAGUUCAAACGAGUUGUGUCACUAUUGGGAAUGUUUUAAAUUGUGUCCAUGCGGAAGCAGAUGGUGAGAGGUAUGAUAGUGUGUUUUAAAACGUUUCACGCCAAUCGUUUCAGUCCUUUUGAGUCAAUAGCUGAUAAUAAUAAUAGCAGGAUAAAUUAUGUGAGAGUGAUUUCGUUUCAAGAUGCAAAGCUACAACAUAAAGCUAUAGAGAGCGAGAGCACGCGAUGAUAAUAAAUUCCUUUCUAACGAGGAUCAAAACCAACUCUCUCUCGAGAGUAGAGAAAUUCGAAGAGUCUAAAUUACAUUUUCAUUGUUCAGAUUAUGCGUUGCGUACUGGAAAACGGAUUUAAUUACAUUGAUCUAUCUCAUUUCAGCAACUGAUGUUGAAAACUCUGGUGCAUUUCCUCAGUUGGAGGCGAGCGUGUGUCAAGGCAAGAGCGAAACUGGUUUGGAAACAGCAAGCGUUCGGUGUCGAAGGGUGGAUCGCGCCAAGUUGUGCCAGCCAGUGCUUGACGAAAGUAAACAUUUCACAAUUAGACUCCUGCCGAGAGCAAAGCUAAAUGGGUAAACACUAAUCAUGUUUUUAAAUCAUCCUCCACAAGAUCGCACCCCGUCGCACAGAAGCAUGCAUCCUGUCUUGGAUUAGGUCUCUGUUGGAGUAAUUCCACGGCACGCCCCUCACGGGAAUCCGAUGCUGCAGAGCUGUGCAUAAGAGGUAGUGAACGAAUUAUCUAAUGUUUCGUUAUUUAUUUACACCCUGUGCAAGUAAACUUGUGCCAACUGAGUAGCAUUUCUCUAGUGAUUGUGAACUGAAUUCUCCAACACCUUCACGCAUCUGACUUAUUUUGUCGUUGGUUGCGCACGUUCUUACUAAAGAUGUUAAUACCUUUCUUUGCUUAAAAACUGUUCGACACUUUAAAGAAAACGCAACGUAUCGCAGCGCAUGGUCGUGUGUGGACUGUUGGGAUCUCAGCCCGUUUCAGAGGAUGGUAACCUCAAGCGAUCGUUUCCCGCCCUGUCGUGGUGAAUCAGGUUGUUAUGUGCUCGUACCGUGGAUGUAUCCCUCAGAAAACGAUAUUUCUUGGUUUUUGUGCUUAAUUUCUUUUCAGCGCGUUGUGCCGAUUGUUGCGGGAUGAGGAGAGAGCUUUAAAUUCCAGAGCUGAAUGGCUGGAAAAUCGAGAAACAAAAGGCUCGCGUUGUACAAAACGGUGGACGGUAAGUUCUCUAUUGCGUAGUUAGCAGCAAAUCAUCCGAAUUUGGUACAGCGUAUGCAUACGCUUUGCAGUAGCAAUUACUCACUGUGAGGAAAUUUGGAUUUAACCAACGUUUUGGUGUAACUUUUUCUGCAGAUAAUUGAAUUGGGAAUAAAGUGUCUCGGUUGGAGAUUAAGAAUCAA